UUUCGGAGGUCGGACUUCGAUUUUGUUUAUUUAUUAAUAAAAAUCUUAAUAUUGUUUUUUAAUGAAUUCGAAGUAAUAAAAAUGCAACAGCCAAAUUUGCUAGACAUUGUACCUGAACAACUCUUCCAAACACAUUCCAUUAGUGACAUAGAUCAGGUGCAAAAGAAACUACAAUAUGAAAUCGAAAGAAAACGGGAAGAACUACGGGCAAUGGUUGGGGAAAGAUACAGAGACUUGAUUCAGGCAGCGGACACUAUAGAGGACAUGAAAGUCACAACUGGCAGCACUCUGAAACACAUCAAUGACAUGAUGGUGGCAUGUAAGAACUUGCACAAUACGCAUUUAGUUGGCUUUAAGAUACAGGAGAGACACAUGCCAACACAGAGUUCACAGUUUAAUGUGAAUCCAGUGCAUUCCAUAUCAGUGCAAAUAAAAUUGCUAAUGGAAAUACCAGAGAAGAUUUGGAAAUGCAUCAACAAUAAUGACUUUGUGAAGGCGGCACAGUUGUUUAUUGUGGCAAGGCAUAUUAAUACAGGUCUACAACUGCACAUUGGUGGGAACAGUCAGAAGCCAGGCAUGCAGUCAUUACUGAGGAUAGUUCAACAGCAGUGGUAUUCCGUGGCCAAUCUCAGCCAAACAAUUACAGAUAUGUGCAGGCAGAGACUGCAGGAUGUUGAUAUAAGCGUUGAGAUUGCUUGCUCGUGUCUUGUGGGGCUAUACUUGCUGGACCCACAGCCCAUAGUUCAAUUACUUAACACUCUAAUAGACGUCCACAGCAAUACCAGUUUGAAAACCACCUUGCAAUUCGACCUAGCACAAAUAUUGGAGGGCGAUGUCAAAGCACAGAUCAAGAAGAAGAUUGUAAACGGUGUCAAAAUUGUUUUGAAGACUGUGGAGUUGGUUUAUGCAUGCUUCGUUGAAAAUGAUGGGGGUGCUGUAUUAGGAAAACUAAGGGACCUCUACGGACCAAAUUCACAGCCGCUUUUAGAAUUGGUGCAGUUUAGUGACCCCAGCGCCAUACGACUGUUGCCAUCAGCUGUGACUAAUUACAGGUUAUCUUCAAGCAAAGAACUCCAGCCCUUAGCUAAAAAGGAAAUAACGGACAGCGUUCAGAAAUGGAGCGUGUGGGUGAAGUCUUUCAUAAGUGACAACGUGCACGCACUGUUACAAAACGUCACGCGCGUCAAAGUUUUACACGAGAUAAGGGAGGAAACCUUCAAAAUUGAAUCCCCAUCAAACUGGAGUUCGAUAUGCGAGUCGUUGGACAUCCCGGAAGUGCACGUUUGGUGCCAUUACUUCCAACCCUUGCUCACUGCGCGAGUUAAAACGAUCAUAGACAACCGCUGGCAGAAAGUCUAUGACUCCUUCAAGACACAGCUGUUGAUAGACUUGACUAAGGUGUCUUCAGACAGCGAGGUGGAGAAGGAGGCGGAUAUAAACUGGUUCGUGUGGAAGGAUCUUAUCGGCGAAACGAUUAUUGAGUCCAGGAAUGAAGUUAUCAGCGUUAUGAACAGAUUGAUGAAAGGUAUGGCCCGUCAAGACCGUGGUUUUACACCAAACCUCGAGAAACUCUGCCAAAGCCUAGACGACGAACUGCAGAAACUUCUGGAAGACUUAAAAGAUUAUCUGUACCAGGACAGAAGGUGUAAAGAGAAGUUAUUCGCGUUUGAGGAAGAGGAAGAGUUAGAUCAAGUGUUCAUAGAUAGAGUUGAAAUUGAACAGUACUUGAGGGACACGUCUGAUAAAAAUAUACAAAGCAUGCUUCUCUACAUAAAGGCUUGUUUCGAGGAGCCAACUCUCCAAUCAACAGAACUCCAAAAGAAAACCACCGCGAUAUAUACAGCGCGCUUCAUCCAAGCUACGACCAACCUUAUGCCCAAUCUACGCAAAUGUUACAUCAACGAUGACUCCCUCAAUGACAGUGAGGUUAAACGCUGGAACGACAUUUGUGUUGUACUGAAGAAGAAUUACGUUCUGUGUUGGGAGAAGUGGUUGGCUAUCGUUGAUGGGAAAAUGAGGGAGUUGACUGAGGGAUUGCCUCAAGAAUUCACGUUAGAGGCGAAUAUCGAUUAUUUGAUGAUGCAAUGGGACAUCAUCAAAAUCGAAGAAAAAGACGAGGAAGGAAACUCUAUAGAAUCAACAAUCAAAGUACCAGCUGCUCCUUCAAUGAAACUACAAGAGUACCUCUACUCAGUCAGUCGGAUACUGGACGACGUGGUCCCACAUACUUUGCCGGCAGAGAUACAUACUGCUUUUAUAGAGAAAACUAUAUCUAUCACCUUCGCACAUUAUAACAAAGUCAUAAGAGAGAAAGAGACUGAUAUAAACCAAAGAUGCGCACUUCAAUUGCUAAUGGAUGUGAGACAUAUGACUUUGUUGAUGGUGCCCAGAGAGAAUAAAAGAGCUAUGGAGUUUUCGCAAGACGUAUGCGAGUUUCUGAGGCAGAAGAUAGAUCCGUUUGAUUACGACGUCUUCUAUCCGUACAUACAGACUAAUUUGAAGAGAUCUGUUCAAAGAGUGCAGACACUAUUGGGCAGUUUGAUCCUCCACCACGGUCAGUUGAUCGGUAUAAUCGGCACUAAACCAGUUCAAUCCGGCGGUACGGGAGACAAGGCAGCUUCUCUACUCGCAUCAGCCGACUCUCACUGGUUUUCGAUACUUCCCGUGGCAACGCCAGCGAACGUGCACAAGAAACAGGAAAAAACUAUAAAGAAGAAACCAGUUUCCGCGAGUCCCAACAAGUCGCGCGAAAUAUCGGACCUGAUGACCAGUUCUUUGCCCAUCAACUUUGCGAACGCCAGGAGUGGAGCGGCGUCCUUCUUCAAUUCCAUGACGUCUGAUUGGUUCAGCGGUUGAUAUUUUCAGUCCGGUAGCUGAAAGUGUAUGCACCUGACGUCUGUCAGUCGGUCAUAUACAACGUGUAACGGAAUUACGAAUUUAUGGAGGGUAGAGGUAAGGAGAGUCAUCUUAUUAAAAGAAGUUGAAAAAGUGUCCA